UUUCAGAGUAUAAAAGUGCAGGAACAAUGAACGAAAAGUGAGAAAAAAUUCUAAAACUGCAUUAACAAUAUAGAACAGAAUAUGGUUGGUCUACGGAGCCUGAUUUUACUGAUAUUUCCUCUCCUAGUCUAUACACAAUCCAGUCUGCGUAGAUGCUAUACUUGCAGAUCCAGAGGACAACAAGGAGACUGUAAAGAUCCUUUCACACCCCCAGAACCUAGAAUACCUGGUCUUCCUCUUCCUUCUCAUACAGCAGCAGUACAUGAGAUCCCUUGCUCAUCAGGUUGGUGUCAAAAAACUUUGGACGGGUUGGAUAAAAAUGAUGGAGAUGAUUUCGGAAUUGCGACAGAACGAGCUUGUAUGCAGAGAGGUCCAAGUGAUGGAAAAGAACGGUGUGCGUAUGUAAAAGUGAGAGCUACUGAGGUCUAUAUGUGCUUCUGUAAAGGAGAUCUCUGCAACUCUUCUAGAAAUAUCCUUCCCUCUCUCUCCAUCCUCAUCCCUUCCAUCAUCCUCAUUUACAACCUUCUGUAGAGGAAACUAUCCUUCCCUCCCUCUCCAUCCUCAUCCCGUCCAUCAUCCUCAUUUACAACCUUCUGUAGAGGAAACUAUCCUUCCCUCCCUCGCCAUCCUCAUCUCUUAAAACUUCCUCAUAUGCAACCUUCUGUAGAUGGAAAUAUCCUUCCCUCCCUCGCCAUCCCCCUCUAGUCCACAGUAUCAUAUACAACCUUCUUUAAAGGGAAGUAUCCUUUAUGUCUCCAUUAUGAUCAUGCACAACAUGUUUUAUGAUUUUAAUUUAUUAAUUAUAUAUUUAUCGAUUUUAAGAAUAAAUCUAUGUUUUCAGUGAAACA